UUUCCAAUGCGAAUGCAAACCUGGAUAUACCGGGGCAAGGUGCAACCGGGCGUGCCCAAUCGGGUACAUAAUGACGGCUAAUGACACGUGUGCGGACAGAGACGAAUGUGAACUGGGGAAGCCGUGCGGUUCCCAUGCAACAUGCCUGAACACCAGAGGAAGUUACGUAUGCCAGUGCGCUCCAGGAACACAUGGUUAUUCCAGAUAUGGCUGCAGCGACAUUGACGAAUGUAGCCCAUGGAAUCGUGGCAGAUACUGCGAUACACACAGCCAAUGUGCAAACACUUCUCCAGGUUAUCGGUGCACCUGUGCGUUCAAAUACACCGGAGACGGUUCUCCGGGCAACUGCCACAGUGAGUGCUUGGAAAGCGUGCAAGAUUGCUCAACGGCGGACAACAAUACCUGCGUCAACAAUCCGCACGUCGGCAUAACAACGUGCCGGGCACUGAAUGCCUGCGAGAGCUACUGCAACGCCAGCGGGUUUCAUGCGUGCCGAAACAUUUUCAGCCCAGACAGGUUCUAUUGCGCUUGCCGGCCCGGAUACUGGAGACCAGAUGAUGUGUGUAUUGAUAUUGACGAGUGUGUACACUAUCAUAAGCAGUGCCAUGGCCAUUCUCACUGUGUGAACACCAUCGGCAGCUUUGAGUGUGCGUGUAAUGAAGGAUACCAGCAAUUGCCAUGGUCCAGUAGCAUUGCCUGUACGGAUACAAAUGAAUGCAAUGAUCCGGAGUGGAACGAUUGCACCAACCCAGGCCAGGGUUGUCACAACACGCCCGGCUCCUACUACUGCGCUUGCAGGUCUGGUUACCAUAGAAACGUCACCACGGCGACAUGUGACGACACAGACGAAUGCGUGGAGUACGGGAAGUGUCGGCCGCUCGGCACGUGCCUCAAUCACCCUGGUUACUAUGAAUGUGCGUGCCCGGACGGUACCGUUCCGCCGGAUUGCACCGACCGUAAUGAGUGCUCCAGGAGACAUCGCGUCAAUCGGAUGUUCUGCGACGAGCACGCCAACUGCACUAAUACGCCGCUGAGCUACGAGUGCCACGGCUGCCUCGCUGGAUACACGGGUGACGGAACAGUGGGCAAUUGCAGCGACAUCGAUGAAUGUGUUCUCAGAUCGGAUCAGGGGCAGCUGCCUUGCAAUGCAUCGGGUCACGGUCGAUGUAGCAACACGCAGGGAAGUUUUCGCUGCUAUUGUGAUCCGGGUUUCGAGCUGGACGGCGAUCAGUGUGUAGAUAAGAAUGAAUGCAUAUUCAAUUGCUGGCGGCACGCUAACGGUAACUGUACGAACACAUUCGGAUCAUAUAUUUGUGAGUGCCAGCCCGGCGCAGAACUGUCGAAUUGGUUCCACCAUAGCCACUGUUAUUUUAUUGACCAGUGCAGGGUUAAUAAUUCCGAUGCGGUCAGCAACUGCUCGUCUCAGGGAAAGGUCUGCUGGGGAACUGGACUGAACAGCUACAAGUGUAUCUGUAAGCUCGGGUACAAGCCCCACGGCUCUGGCUGUGUAGAUAUCAAUGAAUGUAGUGAGCAAGGAGUGUGCAUGCCAUAUGGAACAUGCAUCAACACACCCGGUAGUUAUAGGUGUGAUUGUGUCGCGGGAACCCGGGAAUUUCACUGGCGGGGAAGGUGCGAACAACGUGACGAAUGCUCUAGCAGAUUUGCCCCAGGAAAGUAUUGUGAUGUGCACGGUGUAUGUGCUGACCAUGAGCUGAGCUAUCGGUGCAACGGCUGCCAGAGUGGCUUCACUGGGUCUGGAUUGCCCGGCGAUUGCUUUGAUGUAGAUGAAUGUGCACUGGGAUUUCACAACUGUGACUUUAAUAACACCGGCACCUGUGUCAACACACUGGGUGCUCAUCACUGCGCGUGCAAGACUGGUUUUGUACAAAGUCAAGACUACAGGCUGCUCAGCAGAACUUGCGUCGACUGGGACGAAUGUCACGCUUACCGGUGCAGUGGCCUGGCAAGCUGCACCAAUACGUACGGGUCGUUUCACUGCGGCAGCUGUCGUCAUGGAUACACGGGAGAUGGACACAUUUGCAUGGACAUUGACGAAUGCCGGGACAGCGCGAUGAAUAACUGCAGCAGUGGCCAUGGGGUCGGCGAGAAUGUGAUGUGCUUCAACAUAGCGGGUGGCUUUGAGUGCGGAUGUGCUAGCGGAUACUGGCUGAAUCCCAACAAAAGUUCCUGCGUUGAUAUUGAUGAGUGCUCCGCGGAGAUGGCGUGUGACCCGUAUGGCUCUUGCACCAACACCAUUGGCAGUUAUAGGUGUGACUGCCUUGACGGGGCCGUCCAGUCCGGCUACCAAUGUGUCGACCGGGACGAAUGCGCGGAAGAAGCACGGUUUUGUGACGAGAAAGCCGCGUGUGUGAAUUUCUUCCCCGGAUACACGUGCGACGGUUGCUGGACAGGCCACAGCGGAUCCGGGCGGCCGGGCAAGUGCCAGGAAAUUGACUUCUGCGAAAGCCGGAUCCCGGCAUGCUCCACCGUGAACGGUCACUGUUUGAAUUAUCCCUACUACUCACGAUCCGUUUGCCGCUGCAACGAAGGCUUCAGCUGGAACGGGACACUGUGCUUUGAUCGUGAUGAGUGUUUGCCAUACUAUGGCCAUACUUUUCGGUGCCAGAAUCAUUCGACAUGCCGUAAUACCCCGGGAUCGUACGAAUGCAUCUGCAGCGCCGGUUUUACGGGCAAUGGAACUGUCUGUUCUGACAUAGACGAGUGUGACAAUGUUUUGGUGCUAGAUGCUUGCCGUCGGAAAGGCCUGGAUUGCGUCAACACAGUUGGGGCUUACCAAUGCGGUUGCCGCACCGGCUUUAACCUGACGCACUCGCCACAGGAGGACGGGCAUGUGAGAUGUUCGGAUAUCGACGAAUGCAUUACGUACAGUGCCUGUCAGCCGCACGGGGCCUGCGUGAACACUGCAGGUUCAUUUGUAUGCCAGUGCCAGCCGGGUUUUCAGCUUGAUGGCUACUCUUGCAGAGACCCGAACGAGUGCGUGAACGGCAGUCACGACUGCACUGGCAAGCGGGGAGUGUGUGUGAAUAUGCCCGGCUCAUACGCGUGCCAGUGUCACCCGGUGUACCGGUCCACUGCUGACGGCAGUGACUGCGUGCUGCGCGAUUGCCGCGUCGCCCGGUCUGCGUGCGGGCCGCACCGCGUAUGCCAGAUGCAGGAGAAUGGAACGUAUGCGUGUGAUUGCGAGCAGGGGACACGCCGAUCAGGUGACCUGUGCAUUGAUGUGGAUGAAUGUCGGCAGUCGCCAUGCCGACAAAAUGCAUACUGCGUAAACACCAGUCCGGGUUAUCACUGCCGGUGUGCUCAUGGCUACCAAGGGUCAUACAAUACCCGCCAAUACACAGACCGUCGCUUGCAAUGUGUUGACACGAAUGAGUGUACUAUCUUGUACCCUGCCUGUUACUUCCCGAGAGUGACCUGCCGGAACCUUCCAGGAACGUACACUUGUGAUUGCAGACCGGGGUAUUCAAAAUUGGGCGCAACAUCAUGCCAAGAUAUAGAUGAAUGUUCGGACAGAAGCCACGACUGCGGCGGACGAGAAGGGUAUGAGAAGACCUGUUCCAACACUCAAGGGAGCUAUGUAUGCGUGUGUCCAGCGGGCCUCAAGACCAGUGUUGAGUCAUCUGAGUGCGAAGACAUUGAUGAAUGUCAAUGGGAUAUACAAGUAUGCGACUUGGAGAGCUCACGUUGCAUCAACACUUGGGGUAGCUUUGAAUGUCAGUGUCGAGAGGGAUACCGCCGCACGGAUACAUUGUACAUUUACGGAUGCAGCCGUGACCCUUGUCAGCCUCUCUGGUACCAGGAGGAUCUGUGUAACUAUCAUGAUCCUGAUGAGUACAUAGCCAUCACAUCUUCACCACCACUAUCAGCUGGUCAAAAGCAGGGGAGCACAGAAACUUUGACAACUGGAAUACUUGUAGUAAUCGGCCUCACAGGAGCAAUCGUGGUUAUCACUGCCUGCGCGGUAGUCGUCUAUUUGUUCUGGACAAGAGUGUGGAAGCGGAAGCAGCUCAUGCAGACGAUGGUCAACCAAUCGGCAGUAUCGGGUCAGUGGCCUACAGAGCAGCCUCCUGCAUAUCAACCGCUAGCCGAGCCGUCCACAUUCUACUCCAAUGACAUCCCUGCAUACGAUCCGCCUCACCACACCACAUCAUUCAAUGGCCAAUUGCUUGAAGAUAUUAUUCCUCAGACGGCCGAGGACGCCCCGAACUUUCAGGAGACAUAACGGCCGCAAAUCUGGAGCCUUGCUCAACAGAAACCCUGCAGCCUUGCUGGUCGGAUUGUCCGCGCUUGACGUGGAACUAUUGUACAUGAAGUAACAAAACUGCAGCUGAAACAUUCCUUCAUCUUUCAGCCAUUCUGCUGUCUAA